GGAAAGUAACACCAGAACUACAUCAACAUGUUGUUGUCUAAGUUCUUGCUUUUCCUCUUCUUCUCUUCUAUGGCCUCUUCCUCCUCCGACGACUUCACUGAUUUCGUCUACGGCGGAUGCUCACAGCCCAAGUACGCCCCUGCCUCCCCUUACAAAUCCAACAUCGAAACCCUCUUCACCUCCCUCGCCAACUCCGCCGCCUUAUCCUCCUAUGCCAACUUCACCUCCGCCGCCGCCAGCGGCGCUCCGGAGGCCUACGGCCUCUUCCAGUGCCGCGGCGACCUCCCAGUCUCCAACUGCGCCGCCUGUGUCCGCUCAGGCCUUUCCCAGCUCUCCGCCCUUUGCCCCUCUGCCGCCGGCGCCGCCGUCCAGUUGAGGGGAUGCCUCCUCCGCUACGGCAACGACUCCUUCCUCGGCAAGCCCGACACCGCCGUCCUCUACAGAAAGUGCUCCUCCUCCUCCGCUUACGGAGGAGGACACGGUGGCGGAGACCCAAGCCUACAGCUCUCCAUGCGCGACGCUGCGCUUGCUGCCCUGCUGGAGAGCGGAGGCAGAAGCUACAGACUCGGCACCGCCGGGGAAGCGAAGGCGGUUGCGCAGUGCGUCGGUGACCAGUCGGGGAAGCAAUGCGACGAGUGCACAGCGGCGGCGUUGGCGCGGCUUAGGGAGGCCUGCGGCCGGGUCGCCGCCGCCGGCGAUGCUUACCUCGGCAAGUGCUACGUCAGGUAUUGGUCCGACGGAGUCGACACCUCCGAUGACGACGACGAUGAUGAGAUAGGGAAAACAGUGGCAAUCAUCAUUGGCCUCAUUGCAGGAGUUGCCCUUGUACUUGUCUGCCUUUCCUUCAUCAGAAAAGCAAGAAAUAAAGGUAAUCUUUUUCUUCACUUGAAUCAACUGAUUCAAAUCAUUACAGUCAAAACUUCAAUUUGCCACUCUUAUUUAAAUAUAUACAAUCAGAUAAAUAACACCUCAAUAAUUAUAAUAAUUUAAAAAAAAAAUCUUUUUGAUUCAUUGAUUUGCAGGAAAAUACUAGUGAAGUUCUUCAGGUGGCACUAUUUUCUAAGUUCUAAAUUCUUUUCCAUGAUUUUUUCUAUUUUUUUUUUUAUCAAAUUGAUAUUAAUGAGGAAGUUCCUUGAAACUAGGAUUUGAGCUGUUCUUAAGCAAAAAUUGUUCUUUUGGCUUU